AUGCAACCAAGCCCUUCUGCAGCUACGCCAUUACCACAGUCUGACACCCACCCCGACGACUCUGGUUAUUCUGUGCAAGACCUGUUCCCGUUGGUCGGACAAACAAAACCUGCUGCUUCUAGUCAAGGAAUGGGACCUUUUGCUCUCGCAGUGUGA